AUGCAUCGAGCCUACCAGCCAAUUUUACCAUGUGGCAACAAAUAUCUUCAGCUAAAAUGGGACAAAGCAAAGUAUGAAGAACACAAGAAAAGGAUCCAGGCAGCAAAACCAUUAGUGGACACAAGUGCCCCUGCAACAUACAGCCACCUUCGUCUGAAAUUAGGGAAGCUGAAGUUGGAGGAAGACCGACUUUCCGCCAUCGAAAGAGACAACUGUUUGCUGCUGGAGAAGAUGUCCUGCAUCAUGAGAACAAAGGGACAAAUUGACAACAAAAAUGACUAUAAGGCCAAAAGGUAA